CCUUUCUCAGACCCAAAAUUCUUGUUGCUUUCUGCACUUCAUUCUCUUUCAAUUCCCUCAUCCUCCUCACACUCCUCUCUCUUCAAAUCAAACGAACCCCACUAACACUACACAACACAAAACCACACGCGAUCCUCUCUCCUAGUUUUCUGCUAAAAAACUUGGUAUCAGUUUCAAUUGUUUCUCUGACACCCACCAACGAUUCUUUUAGCAUCAUCCACUCACAGAGUUUAGUGUCAUCGUGUUACUAUUCUCAUUUUUCUUCAUCGUUCCCAAUGAAACGAGGGUAUCAGGAAUCUCCUUCAACCUCUUUCGGUCCGCCUCAAUCCAAAGCUAGACACGAUCCUCAAGGUGAUCCACUCUUUCUCGAGGAUGAAAGCACGAAAAUUUUUGCUCGGAAAGUAGCCGAUCAUUACAGUGCAAGAUCCAACCAGACUUUGGAAGAACGGGAGGCUAGUCCGAUAAUUCAUCUGAAGAAACUUAAUAAUUGGAUUAAAAGUGUCUUAAUUCAGCUGUACGCUCGUCGAGGAGAUGCAGUGCUUGACCUCGCCUGUGGCAAGGGUGGUGAUCUUAUCAAAUGGGACAAGGCCAAAAUUGGAUAUUAUGUUGGUAUUGACAUUGCUGAAGGUUCGAUCAAAGACUGCCGGACACGUUACAAUGGCGAUGCUGAUCACCAUCAGCGGCGUAAAAAGUUUUCAUUUCCUGCUCGCCUUAUAUGUGGAGAUUGUUAUGAGGUUCGCUUGGACAAAGUUCUUGCAGAUGAUGCUCCUUUUGAUAUUUGUAGUUGCCAGUUUGCCUUGCAUUACUCCUGGUCUACUGAGGCCCGUGCUCGGCAAGCAUUGGCUAAUGUGUCAGCUUUACUUCGCCCGGGAGGCAUUUUCAUUGGAACUAUGCCUGAUGCCAAUGUGAUUAUCAAAAAGCUUAGAGAAGCUGAAGGAUUAGCUUUUGGUAACAGUGUCUAUUGGGUGCGUUUUGAUGAAGAGUUUUCUGAGAAGAAAUUUAAAUCUUCCAGCCCUUUUGGAAUAAAGUACACGUUCCAUUUGGAGGAUGCUGUUGAUUGUCCUGAAUGGAUUGUCCCCUUCCAUAUCUUCAAGUCAUUAGCUGAAGAGUAUGACUUUGAGCUUGUUUUUGCAAAGAACUCCCACGAAUUUGUGCACGACUAUAUGAAAAAAGUGGAAUUUGUGGAGCUCAUGCGACGGCUCGGUGCAUUGGGAGAUGGCAACCAAGAUCAAAGUACACUCUCAGCGGACGAAUGGGAAGCAGCAUAUUUAUACAUGUCAUUUGUAUUGAGAAAGCGAGGUCAACCAGACAAAAACCAAUCUAGUAGCAGAAGGGACCGAGGGUCGAUGCAUAUUUCAGAGGAAGACAUAAUGUACAUUAGCAGCGAUUAUUAACAUGAAUAACAGCACAGGACAUGAAGUGGCUUGCAUUGUCAUGUGCAUUCAAUUCAUCUCACAAUCUUGAGCUCCAGCAAUUUUUUUUGCUGCAAGAUGCAGGUUGAAUUUUGUAGGGUCCAUAAUAAAUAUUUGUAACAAAUUUUUAGCCUCUGGACAAGACUUAUGGCAGUUUAAUUUUACCAAACUCGCUAACAUUAAUAUUUUCCUCGUUGUUAUAACAGUCGAUAAUAUUAAGCAAGAUCCAGUAGAAUGGGUUUC